CGCCGUCGGCCGUCCAGCGCCAUGCGUAACAACUAGGUUAGGUUCCUCAUGGUAUGCGAGACGUCGUGUUGAUAAAUGCGCGGACAAAGAUACAGAUUUACGCCGGCGAACGUAAGGAACCUUCUGGAGCAGUGACCGGUCAGACACGAGCAGAAAAUAAUCCGUAAUACCAGCGUGACAUCCUGACAGCCGUCCGCGCAGUUGGCGCGACGAGGUGCCGAACGGGGUGCCGCGGUGAGGUUAGGCCAUGGCAAAGUACCUGAUACAGAUCAUCGUGAUGGGCACGCAGGUCGUCGGCAAGGCGUUCGCGCGCGCGUUGCGCCAGGAGAUCGCGGCGAGCCAGGAGGCGGCGCGGCGGGCGGGCGGCGGCAGGCAAGGAGCGCAACACGUCGCCGCCAACACCAGGACCGGUCUCACCCUGGAGGAGGCCCUUCGCAUCCUGAACGCGGAGCGUCCCGAUCAGACGGAGCUGAUCGAACGAAAUUACAAGUACCUCAUGGAGGCUAAUGACAGGGUGAAGGGCGGCUCAUUCUACCUGCAGUCCAAGAUCGUUCGUGCCAAGGAACGUAUCGACGAGGAGCUGAAAAAUCAAGGGACGACGACACCCCCGCCGCCACCUCCACCGUCGCAGGAAGGCUCGACGAGCAGUCAGGAAGCUUCCAAGCAGCCAUGAGAUUCGCCCCUAGUCUAAAUUUACCUACUCUAAUUCUAGACAACUGUACAUAACGUCAUAAUAAAAUACUAGAUUCUGAUAUCAGUUAUA